AUGUCGUCGUCCCUAACGAAGAAGAGGAAGUGGCCGACAACGAAGACGAAGAAACGUAGUGAGCAUCUCGAGAGACCGUCACUUCCAUAUGAUCUGGUCGUGAGCAUCUUAGCCCGUGUCUCGAGAUCGUAUUACACAAAGCUCUCCUUAGUCUCCAAAAGCUUCAGAUCGAUCCUUGCUUCACCGGAGCUUUACCAAACCCGAACCCUCUUAGGUCGUACCGAGACUUUUCUCUAUGUUUGCUUACGCUUCCCUGAUGAAGCUAACCCUCGCUGGUUCACCCUCUACCGCAAGAAACCUAAUCAAACCCUAACCAAGAAGAAGAAGAAGAAGAAGACGAAGAAAGAGGAUUCAAGUGCUCAUGUUUUGGCUCCAACGCCAGUUCUCAACUCUCCUGAUGAGGAAUGGUUAAGUAUUGUCGCUGUUGGUUCUUAUCUUUACGCCAUUACCGCAGCCAACAAAGAUUCUCCAUGCUCUAACGUUUGGUUCCUCGACUGUCGAACUCACACUUGGCUUGAAGCUCCAAGAAUGCGACUGGCUCACACCAAUACUGACUUUGAUGGGAAAAUGUAUUUGGCAGGAAGCUCUGAAAGUCCAGAUUCUUUGAACUGUGUUGAAGUGUACAACACCGAGACUCAAGCUUGGGACACCGUGCCGUCCAGAAAACGAAUAAUGGAAUUCCAAAAUAUGGAAGGAAAGAUUUACAUGAUCCCUGGUGUAGAUUCUACUGCUACUAAUAGGGAAAUGGCUUUAAAGCCAAAGGGUUUGUUAUGGGAACUGGUAGGUUUG